AUGGAGCCUAUGUAUCCUCUUCCAAGACUUCAUAUGAAUACCAGGUUUCCUGCAAGCAAGAUGGUACCUUUCCACUUUCCUCCAUCAAAGUGUGCACUUUGGAACCCAGUGCCCAUUGGAGAUUUCAUCUACUUACAUCUCAAUUACUACAGAAAUCCAAAGCUUGUGGUGACUGAAAAGACCAUUCGACUUGCUUAUCGCCAUGCUAAGCAGAAUAAAAAAAAUUGGGCAUGCUUUUUACUUGGUUCUCUCACAGUGGAUGAAGAUGAAGAAGGUGUGACAUUGACAGUAGAUCGUUUUGACCCUGGUCGAGAAGUACCUGAAUCCUUAGAAUUAAGCCCUACUGCUCUUCUUCCUGGGGACUUUUUGAUUCCAUGCAAAAUUCAAACUCAGGGACUUUGUUCAAGGGAAGUGAUAGUUUAUAAUCCAGAUGACUUCAGCUCAACUUUUAAGGCUCUGCAGCACCAUGUAUGUAGCAAAGAUUCCUUGGACUGUGGUAACCUGCUUUCCAUAAGAGCUCAUUUCACUUGCAGAGAGAGUUUGGACAAUGUGGAUUUUGACUUCCAUUGGGCAGCAGUGACUCUAGCAAAUAACUUUAGGUGUACACCUGUGAAGCCCAUCUCUGUUAUCCCAACGGCUCUUGCAAGAAACUUGAGCAGUAAUCUGAAUAUUUCUCAAGUUCAAGGGACUUACAAAUAUGGAUAUCUCACCAUGGAUGAAACACGCAAAUUGUUACUUUUGUUGGAAUCUGAUCCCAAGGUUUAUUCUCUACCAUUGGUGGGCAUUUGGCUCUCUGGAAUUAUACACAUCUAUAGUCCUCAGGUGUGGGCUUGCUGCUUGCGGUACAUGUUUAAUUCUUCUGUUCAAGAAAGGGUUUUUUCGGAAUCUGGAAAUUUCAUCAUAGUUCUCUAUUCUGUGACACAUAAGGAGCCUGAAUUUUAUGAAUGCCUCCCUUGUGAUGGCAAGAUACCUGACCUUCAAUUUCAGUUACUAACCAGCAAGGAAACAUUACAUCUUUUCAAAAACAUUGAACCUUCUGACAAAAAUCUAAUUCAUUUUGAACUGAGUGUUGAAAGCCCAAAUGCCGAAACUGAGUUUUUCGAUAAGGCUUCCAAAAAUCUUUCAAUUAAGAGGUCUUCCCAAAAGUCAACUGCUGGGAAAAUGCCAAUAAGUGAUCAUGAUUCUGGUGUUGAAGAUGAAGAUUUUUCCCCAAGACCAAUUCCUAGUCCUCAUCCAUUGAGUCAAAAGGUUUCUAAGAUUCAGCCAUCAGUUCCUGAACUUUCGCUUGUGUUGGAUAGCAAUUUCAUAGACUCAAACUCUCCACCUAAUCCACUAGAAAUAGAAAAUAAUGAAAAUCCUCCUUCGUUGAUUAACCAGUCUGAACACCUGAAGCCUUUGCAGCCCCAGCUUUAUGAUGAGAAACACAGCCAAGAAAGUGAAGCUGAAGAGCUUUCCUUGAGAGGAAUAUCAAAUCAGUUAAACCAGGGCACUGCUUUUUUGAGACACAGCAAAGUAAGACAGCCAUCUGGAUGUAAGAAGGGGAACCUCCAUGUCAAGAACAGUGUUAAACCAUCUUCUCAUAAUGGGCUAUCUCAUGGUGUGUGUGAAAAGUUUCAGUCAGUUUCUUCUGGAAAUGUACACCAAGAAGAGCAACCUGUAAGACCCUCCACAUUUAAUUCAAGGCAAUCUUCUCUUGCCCCACAGUCCUACUCACACAAUUUUGUUUUUUCAUCCCAUAAUUCAAGACAACCAAUGGAACUUCAGAUAUCUUCUCCUCCCACACCAUCAUACUAUUCAACAAAUGUUUGCAGUUGUUGUCAGUAUCAUAGGCAUAUUCAGUAUAGUCCAAUCAGUUCUUGGCAAGGAAUAAAUACAUUUGAAUCUAUUCAAGACCUUCAGCCUGAAGCCCUUCAAAAGCACUCACUAUUUUACCCAAGUGGAUGUCCGGCUCUGUAUCAUAAUGCAUUCUGUUCUUCAAGUAGUCCUAUGGCCUUGAGAUCUCAGGGAGGCAUGGACAGUUGUUCUCCCCACAGCAAUGUUGAGCCAUUACCUGGGGCAAGACUGCCUUCACAUAUGGACUCAUGUACCCCACAGCCUUGCACAGUGUGUGUGCACACAUCCAAGACUGAGUCAGAUAAUGGAAUGAUGGGACUAUCUCCAGAUGCAUAUCGGUUCCUCACUGAGCAAGACAGACAACUGAGACUACUUCAGGCACAGAUUCAGCGCUUAUUGGAAGCACAAUCUCUGAAUCCCUGUCCCCCUAAGACAACCACUGUUGAAGAGACAGGGCCAGCUGCCAGACAAGUGGAGUUGGUUUCCAUGGAAGCACAGUCUUCCCCUGGCUUGCACGUGAAAAAAAGUGUAAGCAUUGCUGUGAGCACAGGUGCUAGUUUAUUUUGGAAUACACCAAGUGAUAAUCAAGAGCCUGACUCUCAGCUGAAGCAAGAUGAUACCAAGAUUUCUAGUGAGGACAUGAAUUUUUCUGUUGAUAUUAAUAAUGAAGUCACAAGUCCUCCAGGGAGUGCAUCUUCCUUAAAAGCAGUUGAUAUUCCCAGUUUUGAAGAGAGCAACAUUGCUGUGGAAGAAGAAUUUAACCAGCCACUUUCUGUAUCCAACUCUUCUCAAGGUCUCAAUAAAGAAGCUGAUAUACCAGUGUUCUUUCCAAGUGCCCUUCCAGCAGAGAAUGUAAGCCCAUGCUUACAGACCGGACCAACAGAGGGUGCCAGUAACAACACUGAAACGUCAGAGGAACCAAAAAUUGAGCAACCCUUUCCUUAUCAGCUAUCAGAUAACCAGAAAAUUUACCAGGAUUUAUUGGGUCAAGUGAACCACCUAUUAAAUAAUUCCUCCAAAGAAACUGAGCAACCAUCUACCAAAGCAGUGAUCAUCAGCCAUGAAUGCACCAGAACUCAAAAUGUUUACCAUACAAAGAAAAAAAAGCAAGAUUCAGGACUGGUGGAUAAAGAUUGUGUUCUUAAUGCAACUCUUAAGCAACUAAGAAGCCUUGGAGUAAAAAUUGAUUCUCCUACUAAAGUGAAAAAAAAUGCACAUAAAGUGGAUCAUGCCAGCGUGUUGGCAUGCAUCAGCCCAGAAGCAGUGAUCUCUGGAUUAAACUACAUGUCAUUUGCGAAUGUUGGCGUGAGUGGCUUAAGUCCCAACGGUGUGGAUUUGAGCAUGGAAGCGAAUGCUAUAGCUCUGAAAUAUUUAAAUGAGAGUCAGCUGUCACAGUUGUCUCUCACUCGAUCAAACCAAAACAACUGUGACUCAUCUUUUAGCCUUCUGCAUAUUAAUACAGACAAAAACACAGUGGGGCUUAGUUUAAUUUCACCAAGCAACAUGUCAUUUGCAACCAAAAAAUAUAUGAAGAGAUACGGACUCAUACAAAGCAGUGACAAUAGUGAAGAUGAAGAGGAGCCUUCCAACAAUGCAGAUAGCAAGAAUGAACAUUUAUUGAAUGAAAACCUUACGUCCGUAGCUGAACAACUUGGUCAUCAAAAAGAGCCUUCUAGGAAUGCCUGUGAAAUAAUUAAUUGUUAUAAUUGUGACUCUAUGGGCACACACACAGAUGUGCCAGUAUUGAGAAAUAUUACAAAUGAAGUCGUGCAGCCAAGAGCAACACAGCAGUUGAAUGGAAACCCACCUUUCUUAUUAAAAAACCACAAACCAGGUCCUGCAGUGAAUGUCAGAACUGGCAAAGCAGAGUUUACUCGACAUCCUGAGAAAGAAAAUGAAAAGAACAUUCCAAUUUUUCCUGAAAAUUUGCAAUCUUCUGAAACUUUAAAGCAAAUGAAUAGCAUGAAUUCAGUAGGCACCUUCUUAGAUAUAAAGCGUCUCAGACAGUUGCCAAAAUUAUUUUAA